AUGUUGCCAGACGAUAGAGAGCUCUUCAAGCUUGUUUCCAAACGACAGUUCCGGAUCCGGCCGCAAACGAAGAAGAAAAGAUUGCAAAUGGAAAUGUCUUUAUCUGGGGAAGUUUUGUUUGAUGAUACUGAUAGCAGUAGAGAAAGCAGUGAUGGGGAAGUUACCCAAGCAGGGAGAUUGCAGUUCCUGCACAGUGGGAUUUCAAAGUUGAAAAGACCGUUGGACCAUGAACAAGAGAUUACUGCAGAGAUUCCUGAACUGGCCAAGAAGAAGAAAAAUGUCAAAGAGCAGCAGUGGUGGCUAGAGGAAGAUGACAAAGGCAAGCUGUUUAUAUGUGUUAAUGGGGGGAGGCUUGUCUCGCCGGCUACUGCAAGAGAGUUCCAGGAGCUCAUUUGGAUUGGCCACGGAAGGGGCAAAGAUGAAAUUUGGAUGAAAUUUGCUGGCGAAGCGAAUGGAGUAAGGAGGCAGCGGGGAACAUUUGAUACAACUAGAAAUGCUUUCACAAGGAGUGUUAACAAAAAAUCUAACAAGACAAUGAUCUGCUCCAUUGUGAUGAAUGGAAAACUAAUGCAAACAAACAGUGAACUUUCAAAAAAGUCACAAGGCUCUAAGUCUAAUUCCCCUAAUACUAGUAUCAAGAUUGAUAUUCCUGCCCCCCUUCAGGAGCAAUACACCCUACCUACUUUAAUUGAUACAUUCAAAAUUCCAUUACACAAAAUAAAACACGCACCUGAGGAGUACCUCGCCAGAGAGACAGGCAAUCAAGUUAUAGAAUGUGUGGGGCAGAUUGCCUUUAUUUCCAUAAUGCUUCCAACUUCAUACAAGGGGGAACACAGACAGGCCCCUGCAUAUUAUGCAAUAGGAGGGAAUGAAGUUUUGGAGGCAAUGAGGGACAAGGAUGAAAACACCAUGAUAGAAUGCCAACUCUUCAAAUGUGAGACCAUUAAAGAGGCACUCAUUGUGGGUAAUACAUAUAUAAGGAACAUUUGUUCCUUGUAUAACCCAAUGACAUUUCAAGAUAUGGUGAGACAAGCACAACGGUGCCUGAAGAAUAACAUUGAAAGGAAGGACAUUCUUGAAAUACUGAGCAACCUUGGUGGAAAGGUUAAGAACUCAUUAAGCACCAUAAUGAGUACAGCAAGUAUGGCAGCAUCUGACUUUGAGAUGGUGGAGGAGUUAUUCACCAAACAUGAGGAGACUUCCUCCAACUCUAUCAACCAGAAUCUCUUCAGAACUAUACAAGGCUUUAAUGACAUAUCUAAGACAAGAGCACUAAAAACUGCAACCAAACAUGGGUUAAAUCAAGGAACGGCAAUGAUUUUGAAGUUGAAAAACAAGCAGCUAUUGAAGACUGAAUUUCUUAAAAUAAGUGGACACUCAACUUUUGAGCUGAUGCUCCAAGAUAUAGAUUAUAACGAGGAAGACCUCAAUAGAUUUGUUGAUGCAAAGGUACAGUACAAGGUGCCUUCAGAAUUCUACAAACACGUGCAUGAUAUCCUCAAGACAAAAGACAACCAACCAAUAGUAAACCAACACCAAGACCAGCAGCAAGUGCCAGAUCUUGAUGUACAUGUAGACAAUAGUGACACUGACACAGAUACAAGUCCUACAAGUAUAGUAAUAAAAAUGGAAAUUUCAAAUAAUGGAAAGGACAUCACAAGUGAUGCAAGAGUAAAAAAAAUCAUUGACAGUCACACACUGGUCAUAAGAGAGCUUGUGAAAAAAAUUAACUUUUAAAUCAUCCAUGAUGUGGUCAUAGUCAACAGUGACAAUACAGGCAAUCAAGGCUGAGGUGCAACAUGCCAUUGAUUAUGAUCUAGAAAUUGUAAAUAUCAUCCAAAUAUGACAUUGGGUAGGUGUAAUUACUGUAGGUAAGGAAAAUUAGUUUACACUCUAGCUUGAGGAUUUCGAGAAUAUAAUGGAAUUUGUACCUUUGAAAUAUGUGUAAUUUAAUGGCAGCGAAAUUGAUAUUUCUGAAAACUUGAGAAAUUAAAACUGGCGAAAAAUACUGCCCGUACAGUAGGUCUUAUUAAAACAUGCCAAGUGUGUCUCAGCCAAUCAGCUUAAAGCAUUUCAAUGUGUUAAUU